AUGGGGUUUCAAAACCUGUCCUUGAUGACUUUUAUGAUGAUCUUGUGCAUCACUCUAUACGUGAAUUGCACUGAUAUUGUUGAACUAGAAAAUCAUUCAGACAAAAGAGUACUUGCAGAAAGACCUAAUAGUUUCAUUCAACGAAAUGGCACCCAUUUUUUUCUAAAUGGGAAGCCUCAAUACUUCAACGGAUUCAAUGCAUAUUGGCUAAUGACUUUUGCAGCCGACCCAUCUACAAGUUCUAAGGUCACCACAGUUUUUCAAGAAGCUUCCCAACAUGGUUUAAACUUAGCAAGAACCUGGGCAUUCAACGAUGCAGGUUACAAAGCCCUUCAAACUUCACCUGGUAUUUAUGACGAGAGUGUUUUCAGGGCAUUGGAUGUUGUGAUAUCAGAAGCAGGAAAAUAUGGGAUACGAUUGAUUCUAAGCCUGGUAAAUAAUUGGAAAGACGAUGGUGGAAAGAAACAGUAUGUUGAAUGGGCAAAACAACGUGGUCAGAGCGUAAGCACUGAAGAUGACUUCUUCUCUAACCCUGUCACUAAGCAAUUCUACAAAGAUCAUGUCAAGAGAGUGCUCACAAGAAAAAACACAGUGACUGGAUUAUUAUACAAGGAUGACCCAACCAUUUUUUCGUGGGAGCUCAUGAAUGAACCUCGUUCUCUAGACUUAUCUGGAAAACAAGUUCAGGAUUGGGUGAAGGAGAUGGCUGCUUAUGUGAAGUCCAUUGACAAGAAUCACUUAUUGCAAGUAGGGCUUGAAGGGUUUUAUGGUGAAUCAAUGGCACAAAGAAAACAGUUCAAUCCUGGAUACGAAGGAGGAAGUGAUUUCAUUUCUAACAACCUAGUUCCUGAAAUCGAUUAUGCCACCAUUCAUCUCUACCCUCAAUGGAUGUCGAGGUUUAACCAAUCACUUGAAGAUGUGUUCAUUGAAAGAUGGGUUAAGAUGCAUAUUGAAGAUGCAGAAAAUGUUGUCCGAAAGCCCAUUCUUCUUAAGGAGUUUGGGUUAAAUUCAAGAAUUCAAGGAUACAGCGUUGCCCAGAGGGAUCGAUUGUAUGCAAAACUAUACAAUUGGAUAUACUUGAGCGCUAGUGACAGGGGAGCGUGUGCUGGUGCAGCUUUUUGGCAAUUACUUGUCGGAGGAAUGGAAAACAUGGCCGAUGGUUAUGAAAUCAUCUUUCAACACAAUCCUUCCACUGCUAAUAUUAUCUCCCAACAAUCUUUAAGGAUGUCUCAUAUUCGAUAG